UCCUCAUCACAAAAUUAAUUUCAUUUACAAUCAAAGAAGAAUAAUUGAUUAUAAUUAAUGAGAAUGGAAAUUGAAAGUCGUGUGUUAUUGAUCGUUUUGGGCACGCUCAUAUGCCUCUCCUCAGUUGCACAUGCAGCCUCCGGAACUGCCACUUUCUACACACCUCCUUAUGUUCCAUCUUCAUGCUAUGGAUUCCAAGACAAUGGCGUAAUGAUCGCGGCGGCAAGCGACGUGUUGUGGAACAACAGAGAGGCAUGUGGGAAGCGUUACAGGAUCGAAUGCACCGGAGCCACGAACCAAGGUGUGCCUAGACCAUGCACCGGCCAGAGCGUUGUGGUUCAGAUUGUUGAUUACUGUCCUCCCGGCUGCGCUGGAACCAUUGAUCUUUCCAGUGAGGCCUUCUCCAUUAUUGCCAAUCCUGACGCUGGAAAAGUCAUGAUUACCUAUACUCAGGUUUGAUGAUUCACAUCAAGUAUUGAUGAGGAGAGUAAAGGCACCCAUAUAUAUGACUCUUAUAUAUAUAUAUGGAUAUAUAUAGCUUUUGGUGUUUGAAUAAAAAAAACACGACAUGCAUCAUGCAUGAAGUUUGUAUCAACUUAUUAUAACUUUCUUUCAAAUAAAAAGCCUUUACACUUUAUAUUGAUAAACAUUGACUUUUAGAAGGAAGGUGACAAUUUUUGUCAGCUAAAAUAUUAUAGAGAUUUUGCGAUUUUUGAGUUUCUUA